CUCACUUCGCCUCGCGCUGCCUCUCGCCGUCGCGCGCGCGCGCCGCUCGCUUCCCGCUUUUUAUUUUUUACUUAAUUAAUUUUUCACUAAUUAACCGGAUUAUAAUUUCCGUGAGGGAACUGUAGUGUUUUUUCCCCCAGUUUAGUUUUUGUUACGUCUUAAAAAAUGUAGUAUUUAAAAUGCGUUUGAAUCGCGUGUUGCCACCUUUCCAUCAGAGGAGCUCCCCCUUCCUCCACCCUCCUCCCCUCCCCCCCUCCCCUCCAGCGCUUCCGAGACAUUAAUAAGAAAUACAACUGAAUUAUAAUAUUAAUAAUUGUUGGGGACUGAUGAUGAAGAUAGCAAGGAGAAGAAGAGCGCAUUGAGUGAAUUGACUUGACGGGCGCGUUAAAGUGUUGAACGUUACUGCGCGCCGGCCUCGCGAGGUGUUGAGGGAAGAUAGGAUUACAAUUCACGUUUAUUAAUCGAUAAACAAUAUCGAAGAUUCGCAAGACGCGGGGAAGAGUCGCUACUUCGGCUAACUCCUGGGGGGAAAAAGAGAACGAAUUGACAUCGCCGCCUUUCAAGUGGAGGAACCUGCCCAGCUGCAAUGGCUGCUAACAUGUACCGGGUGGGAGACUAUGUCUUCUUUGAAAACUCCUCAAGCAACCCCUACUUAAUACGAAGAAUAGAGGAACUUAACAAGACUGCAAAUGGGAACGUGGAAGCGAAAGUGGUAUGCUUCUAUCGUCGGAGAGACAUCUCGAGCAACCUCAUCUCGCUCGCCGACAAGCACGCAAAGGAACUGGAGGAGGAGAUGGAGGACACCACGGCGCAGGACCUGACAGAGAAGCAACGACACCAGCUGAAGCACCGGGAGCUCUUCCUGUCGCGCCAGCUUGAAUCCCUGCCCGCCACGCACAUCAGAGGGAAAUGCCGAGUGACUUUACUUAAUGAAACGGAGGCUCUGAAUUCGUACCUGGACAAGGAGGACUGUUUCUUCUACUCAUUGGUCUACGAUCCGACUCAGAAGACACUCCUAGCAGAUAAGGGAGAGAUCCGCGUUGGCCCCCGCUAUCAAGCUGACAUCCCAGAUUUUCUCAAAGAUGGGGAGCCUGAUUGCAGAGACCAACUGAAGCUGGAGGCGAGAGUUUGGGACCCGGAGAAUCCACUCAUGCAGCGGCACAUUGAUCAGUUUCUCGUCAUUGCCAGGUCUGUGGGCACGUUUGCGCGCGCCCUGGAUUGCAGCAGCUCGGUGAGACAGCCGAGCCUUCACAUGAGCGCUGCUGCUGCCUCUAGAGACAUCACGCUGUUCCACGCCAUGGACACCCUGCACAAGCACGACUACGACCUGAGCAAAGCGAUCGCGAGCCUGGUCCCGCAGGGCGGGCCCGUGCUGUGUCGCGACGAGAUGGAGGAGUGGUCGGCCUCCGAGGCAAACCUCUUUGAGGAGUCGCUCGAAAAAUACGGCAAAGACUUCAACGACAUCCGACAGGACUUUUUACCAUGGAAGACGUUGAGCAGCAUUAUCGAGUAUUACUAUAUGUGGAAGACAACGGACAGAUACGUGCAACAGAAGCGACUCAAAGCAGCUGAGGCUGAGAGCAAGCUAAAGCAGGUGUACAUCCCCAACUACAACAAGCCGAACCCAAACCAGAUCGCGGCGACUCCCGUGAAAGCGGCGGUGGCGAAUGGCACGCCGCCCAUCGGCCUGGUGCUGUCGACACCGCAGAACGCCAGCGUGGGACGCGCCUGCGAAAGCUGCUUUGCUGCCAGCUCGUGCCAGUGGUACUCGUGGGGGCCGCCCAACAUGCAGUGCCGGCUGUGCACCGCCUGCUGGACUUACUGGAAGAAGUACGGUGGCCUCAAGAUGCCCACACGUCUGGAGAGCGACCGUGCCGCUCUCCUCCGUGCGGGAGGCCUGGAAUUCCGCUCGAGGGGGCAUGUGUCGUCACGUCACUGCCAGGGCCCCCACAGCUCGGUGAGCCGGAGCAACGGCAGCCCCAAGUUCACCCUGAAGACGCGGCAAGCCUUCUACCUGCAGACCACCAAGCUGACGCGCCUCGCCCGCCGCCUGUGCCGUGACCUUCUGCACCCGCUACAGGCGGCGCGCCGGCCGUUCCUGCCCAUCAAUACCACCGCCAUCAAGGCCAAGUGUGCAACACGACUGCCUGAAGCUGCAAAGGAGCCCGUUAAACCCAGAUUUAUGACCAGGAAGCCGCUGGAAACCAUUGCUAAAUACUUGGAGGCUCACCCAUGCCCCAAGAGGGUGGUGCCAAAACCCAGUUCGGGGCUUUCCACGCCAACCAAAGUGAGAUCGACCAUCAACCACGGCUCCCCCACCAUCCUUGGCAAGCGCGGCUACGAGCAGCACAACGGACUGGAUGGUACGGGUGGGUUGAACCAUCUCUACCGCCCGCCUAUCAUCAUGGGCAACAUGAGGAAGCGUCUUCUGAUGCCCUACAGGGGUCUUUCCAACCAUGGACAAGUCAGGCAGUUGGCGCUGGGGACGCGCCCGUACCUCAUCAAUGGCAAACCGUACCCGGCCAACGUGAAGCUGCUGAAGCCUGGGGGAAUGUCCCUUGUCAAGCGACGACGCAUGAACUGGAUCGACGCUCCUGACGACGUCUUCUUCAUGGCCACGGACGAGACGAGGAAAGUGCGCAAGCUGCUGCCUUCGCUCGAGAUGAAGAGGGCAGCCCGGCGACCAUACAGGCGAAUCACGGUCAAACCGCCGCUGGGUCUCGGCCUGCCCUCGCACCUCGUCGCCCGCCAGCCCAUCAACGACGAGCCCAUCGUCAUCGAGGACUGAGAGGGCACGUCGGGGUUGGGGCGGAAGAGUGACGAGGUAGAGCCACAGCAAGCUAGCGGUGGAAAGCGGAGGAGCAGAUCGAGGAGGAAAGUGGAGACGAAGAGAGAGGGGGGGGACCCAUGUCACCAAGUGACGCGCCCCCCUCUUCACCCCUCUUGCAUCCAUCGUUACGCCGUCGACCCCAAUCACCAUCUGCAAGCCCUCCUCAAUAAAAAAAAAAGUCCCGGGGAUGAUGGCGAUUUCAGCGGCGGAGGAGGAGGAGGCACCUGAAGAGGCCUGCUAAGAGAACUCACCGCACAAGCGGAUUAUUGCGUGGCAUAAGCCGCUUUUUUUUAAAUGGGAGUUUCGUGUAAUUGGCUGGAUGAGGUCACUCAGUGACGAGGGGGGGAGGGCGCGUGGCCCGAGCUGAGAGCUCGCGUGAUAGAAGGAAUGAGGAGCGUUGUGGUUACCUAGAAGUGCCGCCCCACACAGACACUCGUGACACGCACGCUUCGCCCACCUUGACUCCUUCACCCUGCCGCUGCCAGCACGUCAUGUUAUUAGUUCGAUUUCUUAUUUCGCACAAAUAAGGAUUUUUAUUUUCUUCCCUGUAAACAGGCAUGAUAGCUUUAGUGUCUGCGAUUUAUAAACGAAAGUGUUUAGAUUAUUUUUCUUAUUACUUUUCUCGUUUUUUUUUUUUCCGGUUGACAAUGUCGUCGUAGCCGCCGCACGCCAAUUGCUUCGUAGCCGUUUUCAACGUCCGUGUAUCCCCCCCUUAGCGCCUCCCGCCCCGCAGGGGACGUUUGCACCUAGAAAAUAUUUCGGGGUGGCCUCCUCGGAAAAUAUGACGACGACGACAACAACGUGAAUCGCGUGUGCGGGAACCCUGCUGGGUAGUAGUCCACUUGCCCAGGUGCCUCCGACGUUGUGCGAUUUCAGUGAGUUUUGAGUGACUGCGAUUUUUGUACUUCUUAAUUAAGGGUCUAGUUCCCCUCCCCACCACCAACCCCCUCUUCGCUUCGCCAAGGGUGUUGCCGUGGCAUAACGGUUGACACACUCGACUUGCAAUCCCAGGGGUCGCCAGUACGGUUUGGUUAGAUUUCCUGGCGCGGUAGUCCAAACAAUGGUGCAAGCUUCAUAUAUCUUCCUCCUCCCGAAUCCCUGCUGCCUCUGGCCAUCCAGGGGUAUCAAUGGGAUCACCACGGCUCGUCGAUCGGCGGGGCGCGCGUGGUGGGGGUAAAGUGUGGGUACUCCCACCUCUUCCAAGACGCCUGGCCAACGUGGAAGAGUAGGCCAAAACAUUUUCUUUAGAGCUCCGUCUAGUGGAGGCCCGUCCACCAACAUUGGCGUGAGCAAGUUAUAAUUGUAGGGCUGCACCUUGACCUGUAGUUCCCUAUGUCGAUGACCCGGAAAUUAUUGAGUGAGAAAUUAAGCCCUGCACGUAGCGCGCGCUGGGUUCUUUUUGACCGUCAGCGUGACGUUUGUCCACUUGGCGAGAGGUAAUCCCCUACCCCCCCCCCCCCCCCCCCCCCAAUCGACUCUCCUCGCAAUUUGAACCCUCGUAGGCUCGGAUCUUUGUCGUGUUUUGCAUGAGCUAAUGUGGUGGUUGGAGUCGACUCCGAUAUUUUUGUUUUCGCAUCACUCCCGCCCCCACCUCUCCCCCACCCCUAGCUGUCCCCCCCCACCCCAACGCCCUAUCUUUACCCCCAAAUCUCUCCCAUUCCAUUCCCUGACUUUUUUGCUAAAGCGAAAAGUGAAGAAAAUUUUUCAAUCAAGUUUUUUUUGCAAAAAGAGUUGUAAACUCGUUUUUUUUUUACUAAAUUUGCUUAUCAUUGCUUACAUAUGUGAGAAGAAUUACAACUUUCGUCACGGGCUUUGGGUUUUUUUUCUGACGCCCAGACACGUUAUUUUCUUUAUAAAAAGAAACUGUUAAUACUGCAUACGAUGGCUUAUUAGUUUGCUAAUAUGUACAUAAAUAAAUGUUACCCUAGGUUUAGUUUCUAGCGUGUAAUAGCCAUUCCACUUUACAUUUAAAAAAAAAAUUGCUACCGUUGUAAUAUUUUGGAGUGAAACGAUGUGAGGAGAGAGGUCGACUUUUUUGAGACAAUAAAAAUGCCAAUUUGCAUUUUGGUGCUAGGAGCUGCAAUGGGGAGGUGAGGGUGGCAGAUGGGUCAUAUUUGCAUUUUUUAACAAAUCUGCGUGUGUACGCUUUGGGAUGAUGUCACAAUACAUUCAGCAGACCGGCGCUUUGCCUGUGCUUUGGUUAGCAGCUCAUGUGUACCCGUUAUUAAGGUUGUACCUCGCGCCAUCGCAGUAACAGUGUUACCAGGGCCAUAAGCUAGUGUUCAUAAGCAAGGUGCGGCAACCUUUUCUCUUUUUGUAUGAAGCGUUGUUAAGACGAUAGCUAAAUUAUGCAAUUAUAUAUUUCAUGUGCAUCUUUUUAUAGUCUAAAAAAGACCGAGACCGCAGUUGUAUUUGUUUAUGGGCGGCGAUGCGUCCGUUUUAGUAAAAAAAAAACAAAAAAAACCCCAGUGGUACAUCUGUGGACACCUCGUCAACGCCCCGCACCUCCAUCCCACGAUCUUUCAGUGUUAGGAGAAUAGCGCCACGCUGUCUCGUACCUCGCUUCCACUGCACGGCGAUGCCAUGUCGUUCAAUUUCCCCCUCGCCAGUGUACUGUCGGACGUCAAACACGCAACGAAUGUGUUAUUAAUGUUCGAGACCCUGGCCCUGUUUGGCACCCCUGAUUCGCAUGUUUUGUGAGGCCCCCAGAGUAUUACGGUUUGGUUUCUGGUUCGGCACAGCAAAAGAAUGGUGGAAAAUCACCUGUUACCAAGUUGGCCCCCUGUUGGCUUGGCUCUGCUCAGAUGUGCCAGUGGAAAAGGGGUCUACGUUAUCUAACACGAUCAGGACUGAAUGACUUGUAAAUUAUAAUUAUUUUCCAGAAGGGACCGAAAGAAAUAGAUUUUGCACUUAAUAUAGUUGAGUCGAUGCUUUUGACUUGGCGAAUCGGGAAUUGUUUUUUUCAUUUGGGCCCCCUCCGAAAAUUUUAAGGGACCGGUGGUUCGAUUAUUUUCACCUGUAGAGCAACGUUCACCGAGAGUUCAAAGUUGUCUCCAGAUAAGCACUUACCAUCAUCAGUGAACCGAGUAAUUCCCUCCCAUGGAGUGUGACUAAAUCUGAUAGGAAAUGGGUAAAGCCCACUGCUCAAUAAUAUAAAUGACAAGACUAGCAACAGUUUAACAAUACCCUUCAUCCAAGGAAGCAUUACUGAGCAUUACUUAGCCUCAGUACGUUUGGAGGGGGAGGAUCCAGCUGCAUUAAGAUGUUUGGCCAUUUCUUUAAUGAGUACUCAGAAUUUAGUUCAUGUUAUUUGUUGCACGGAUGGCAAAUAAUUGGAAAAUAAACUGGAGUCACCAGAGAAAACGUACACUUACAAGGGCACAACACUAAAAAUUCCAUUUACACUGGCCAGCGGUGGGCAUGCAAUGAUUCGAUUCUUACGAUCACUAUGCACGAAUUGAUCAAAUGUGCAAGAAUUUGUUUUUUAUUUGUAUCUAUUUAAUGCGAUAGGGUUUUAAAGCCCUUGCAGCCACGAGAUGUGCCACAUUGACACUGUUUAUUUUGGAAUCAAAUCGAGGCAGCAGUCCCACUUCCUGUACUUCAAUGACUGGCCCUCUCUUGGCCUAUCAGCAGUGGCGUGGCUACUUGGUGUGCAGGCGGUGCAAUUGCUGCAGGGCCCAAUGGUGCCCAGGUGGCAGGGUGGGUACACAGGGGGGAAUGGGGGGAGAGCCACGUGGGGAAUUAGACUGGUUGCCCCCCAUUGAAUUCCUUCCACCAGGGCCUAUGCCCAUCAGAUCCGGAGUCUUGCACAUGUAGUGUCUGCAGGGGCCACCAACACCACUCACCAGGGAGCCGGAUUAAAGGCGAUGGCGGUGUACGUACGGCUUCACCACCACCACGGUGAUCCUGAGUUCUGUCAUAGUCCACUUUAAGUAAUGAAUGCGGUGGUCGCACUUGUAUGUAUGUUGAACUUCUUUCGCACCAUACGUAGCCAACCGUGCUAAUCGGAGUUGCGGGGGAAGGACAACAAACCAAACACAAAGCAGUUUUAAUGAAAUUAGUUUUAAGUCUAGAUUUGGUACCUACCAUGCGCACAUGUACAACAUUUUUUUUGUCAAUCCACUGCUGGAUGAGGGUUAACGUGCCCAUACCGUGCGGCUCGUUCUUUGACCAUAAUUCUCCACGCUGGUCAGUGCGGAUUGGUGAAGGCGGACGUGGAACAUAUAGUGUAUAGACGUGGGAGCGUAUAAGUACGGUACAACGGAUGGAUUUUCUGCUGCACUGCCUCCUGCUGACCAACACACAGCUCCGCAGCUACCUAUGACGAACUGGGGUGCAUGGUGGGGCGCCCAUCCAAGUACUAUGCACAGUGGUGGGGCUAGGCACAAGCAACUAAGCAAACGUUUAGGGCCCCAAGUAGCUCAAGGGGCACUAGUUCAUGUAAAAAUAAUGGUGCAUCAACUGUUAUCUAGAAUUCAGCUCCUUAUAAAAAAAAUUAUUGCAUUCUAAGAACACUAUAAUUUAGUCUCUUACCUUCAUUAUUUAACACAACUGUAAUGUGAUUGCAGUUGUGUAGCAAAAGUAUAUGGUCGUGUAACGUACCAAAAAAAUAUUGCAGAAACAACCCCCUUCCCUUACCCCAUGAGUUAGUACCACCACCGGCCACGUAGCUUAUCUACCAAGACUUGAGGAGGCUGGGGCGCAUUCCGGAUUGAUUUGAUCAGCGGCUACACUUUAUAGCGGAGAUGGCUGAUUGCGAGGUCCUGCGGCUCAAGCUGCGUAGAAUUCCGCAAGUCAGAUGUCUUACCCACCGAGUUCGUGUGCACAGAUUUACAUCACAAACUAAGGGGCGGGAAUAUCAAUGAUUUCACCACUGGUUCGAAUCUCUCCCAUCCCAACCGCUACCUGACCCCCCCCCCACAUCCUCCACACACUUUACGGGAGGUGUAUUGUGACAUCUUUGACGAGACACGGUGGAAAAGGUGGAAGCAGUUGCACCCCAACAUAAGGUUGCCACCUCUGCGGGUUUAACCACGGACAGUCCGAGAAAAUUAGCAUUGUGUUCGGCUGCCAGGACUUAAGCCCUGGCAACCCUGAUGCCAGGGUUUGCAGUGUGUACAUCCCAGUUCUAAAUCGACCUCUGCUAAUUUGAGAAGUGUAUCCGGGUUUGCGCUGUGGAUAAGGUGGCAACUAUACCCCGACUCCCCCAUUGUGAGUGUAUACCAGUAGAGCGAUUUCAGUUGGUACUAUUAUCAUUUGCGUCCCUCUGUCACACACACACACAAAAAAACGAAUACUUUGUGAAUUUCAUAAUGAAUCUUUGCUGUUUUGGGGAAUUCUUGCCAAUAAAAUAAUACAAUCAAG